AUGAUAAUUGAAAUAAACGAUAAAGCCGAUUUGCAGACUAAGCUAGUUGAAGCAGGGGAUAAAUUAGUUGUUAUAGAUUUCUCUGCUAGUUGGUGCGGUCCUUGUAAAAUGAUUAGCCCGAAAGUUGAAGAGCUCUCCUUGGAAUAUACCGAUGUGAUUUUUAUAAAAGUCGACGUUGAUGAUUUUGAAGAUAUAGCAAUGGAAUAUAACGUAUCCUCAAUGCCAACUUUCGUAUUUAUUAAGAACAAUCUUAUUGUUAACAGUUUCAGCGGUGCAAAUUACGAUAAACUGAAAGCUGUUAUUGAAGCUAAUCAUGCUGCUGUUCCUAGCAAGAAAUAAAUUACCGAAAAUAUUUGAAUAUCUACUUAUAUAAUGUGAAAAAUAUAUGUAUUUAAUUAAAUGGUUACUCUUUCAUUACAAACACGCGAGCUGGAAAGGCGACAAGUUGAUAUGGUUGAUAAAAUUUUGUCACAUGAAAACACAUCAAAUUUUGAAUGUACUAGAGCCACCAAACGAUAAGUAAACGUCAGGUUUCCUUGUGACAUAUAUUUUCGUAAA